GUUCUUCACUCUGAGGACAAGGUUCCUCAUUCUGAAGACAAGGUUGUUCAAUCUGAGGACAAGGUUCCUCACACUGUGGAUAAGGUUCCUCACUUUGAGGACAAGGUUCUUCACUCUGAGGACAAGGUUCUUCACUAUGAUAACAAGGUUCUUCAUUCCGAGGACAAGGGUCCUGUGUCUGAGGACAAGGGUCCUGACAAUGAGGACAAGGUUCCUCACUCUGAGGACAAGGUUCUUCACAAUGAGGACAAGGUUCCUCACUUUGAGGACAAGGUUAUUUAA